AUGUACGUAAGGCGUGGACUCGGCGCAGACGUGUACGAUACCGACUUUGCGCCAGCGAGACAGGCGAUUGAAAUGGAGCAACGGCAUUUCACAGGAGCACCAUUGUGGGACGAUGAAGGGUUGCCGUACUUCUCAGAAGAAGAUAAGAAGAUUCCGUACUUGGGGACGUCUCCAGUUGCUAUUCCGGCUUGGGAAGAGCUGAUUAAAGUCACAGAAGAAGAAGCUCGACAGGCGUGGGGAAAGGACUACAAGAAAUACUAUAGGUAUCCAGACAUUCCUGGGCAUCCUGGAGGAUAUGUUGGAGGUCUGGAUGUCCUUCAUUCCCUACACUGCGUGAAUGAGCUGCGCAAGCACCUGUUUGACAAAAACCGCUGCGAUCAGAACCAGACUGAGCAUCAAGAGGCGGUGGAUGAAUAUCACAUUGUUCAUUGUCUGGAGAUGAUGCGCCAGAAUAUUGAAUGCAAAUCAGACCUUUCACUGGUACCAGCAAUGUGGUGGCCCAGCCUCAAGAAUGGCACUGGUUCGUCUUUCAUCUUCUCGGAGCAAACGCACACAUGCCGCAACUUCGAGAAGGUCCGUCAAUGGGCAUCUGGAAGAUAUGCUCGUACGAAGAGGAUGGGGAAGAGCAAACAUCUGCCACCUGAAAAUGUGUGA